AUGGAAAUCUUUAACAUUCUGUUAAACAAAAGGUUUCUUUUUGUCUUGGUGGCAAUAACAAUUGGGACACUGGUCCUGAUAUCAAUCAAAUAUGGCACUGGAGCUCCGGCACCAGAAAAGAAGAUUUGCUCAUUCCCACUGGAUUUAGCUCCAAACUCUGUUGACGACAUGUACAACGGCUGCGAAGAUGAAAUGGGAAAAAAAGUGGCCAGUUUGCUAAAUACGGAGAAAAAGGGUAAAUUUAGAGAGGCUUGGCGUGCAGCACAAAAAUGCUACAACAAUAAUUGGGCAACCACCACCUCAAGGCUGAAGAAAGAACAAAUCAUGGCUAUUCAUGCUUAUACCUUGGGAAUGCCGCCAAUAUACGAUGAGUUCAAUAAGGCAGUCCGAACACAAAAAUCUGGGUACACGACCAAAUUUCAAUAUCACGCACUACACUUCUACCUCACCAUGGCCCUACGCUCCCUCAAGCACAAUGCACCACAGUGUGUCACCACGUAUCGGAGAACCAACUGCAAAUUUGAAACAGAGAUCAACAGAGAGAUUCGCUUCGGUGGCUUUACCUCCAGCUCAGAGGGUGGUUAUCCUUCUCCUCAUUUUGGCGACCAAUCAUGUUUUGAGAUUACCACCUGCUUUGGAGCAGACAUCUCAAAAUUCUCUAUGUUUGAAUGGGAAAACGAGGUCCUGAUCCCUCCGUAUGAGGUUUUUAAGGUAACAGGCAUACAGAAAAGAUCUGGGAAUAAUUUCCUUCCAUGCCAGGUUGUCUACAAACUGAAGAGCACAAGAAAACCCCGUUCCAGUUUAAACUGUGCUCUCACCAAGUCAGGUUUGUGAUGAAAUGUUCCCCCCAAAAAGCAGCACUGUGCAAAGUUAGACAUAAGUCAGGUAUAGUCUGCCCAAUUUUAGUUUUAUAAGUAAUUACCGUAAAUAUAAUCAUAAGAAACAUACAAGACUGAAUAACAUAUAUUAACCUUGACUGAACAAUUUCACAAUUACUUAUAAAAAAAUAUGUAUUGACUAAAUUCCUGAUAUUCAAUUAAUUGUUGAUACAUUCAUUUAUAUAAUUCUGCUUCCAUGUUAUCUAUGACAUUUAUAAAUAAUCUAAUAAUAAUAAUGAUUUCUGUAUUUAUUAUAUUUUGGCACUUAGAAACUCAAUAUAUUGCUGAAAGCAUUUCAUUCCUUCCCACUGUCACUUCCUGCUUCCUCAAGAUACUAACCUGACUGCUCUAAGCAAAUAGUUGUUUCUGUUUGAGAGAAAAAAUAUUAACAACUGCCAUAAAAUAAUAAUCUGUGUUUGAAUAUUUUAAACUGCAAUUUCAUUUGAACUGGACUGAAUGUGUAACUGAAUCUGAAUCUGACUGAAUUGUAUUGGACAAGUAGGAUGUGAUAAUGAAUACAUUUGACUAUUUUAUAUUAGAUAUUUAUUGUGAAAUGGUUCUAUAUACGUGUACUGAACUGAACCAACAAUCUAAAAAAAGACAAAAGAAAAUAUUUCAUAGCUGGUAUUAAUUUUUUUCUACUACUGUUAUAUUUCCUGUUUGACUAUUCUGUUUGAAUAAAUCUCACAAAAAUGCAUGCGCUUUUCUGGAUGUGUUUGUUUUAUAAUUGAAUCAUGUUCUGGUUUUUAAUAUGUAAACGCUUCUGGUUAUAUUUGUAUGCUGAAUGCAAAUUUAUUUCAAAUGUCUUGUUUGAGAUCAUACUACGAUGACUUGUCAUUAUUUUAAGAUUUGUCAUAU